UCGGGCGAGCCACAAGGUGCCUCCUGCAUCCUUCGACAGCCUUCGGUAGUGAGUGCGUUGCAAGCGAAGGGCUGCUGGCCCCCUUCAGACGGAUCUUUGGCUUCAUCAUCAGUCUUAGUACUCGGUCCUAUCUCAUCGACCACGUCGAAGUAGCUGCAUUGCAUUGCUGCUAUAAUGGCUGGCUACCACCAUGGCAUCGUUUGGGCUGUUACAUUUUUGGGCGCUGUGUGGGUGAUGGCACAAGGCAUGCCAGCCGUCGACCCUGUCGGGAAAGCAGCAGUGGACACAAAAGAGGCCCUUAACGGAUCCGAAGCCAUCAAUUCCACGGAGGCUGCUUCCAGUUCGGGCUUCAGUUGCGAGGGACGAAUCUUUGGAUACUACGGUGACACAAAGAACUGUUCGCUGUUCCAUUACUGUGAGCCAUUCACAGACCCCGAGAAGAACCAGUUUGUCCUUCAUGCCGCCUACCUCUGCCCGAACGAGACGGUUUUCAACCAGCUGUCGUUAACCUGCGUUUAUCCAGCAGAAGCACUGGACUGCUCACGUGCUCCUGAAUACUACUACGUCAAUAGUCACGUUGUGCCAGUUGACAGUUCGGCCGAACAAAGUUCGUCGGCGGAGGCUAGCUCAGUCGAAGUUCAGGACAACAAGGACGGCAAGAACACCAAGGAUAGUAAGGAGGCCUUCGAAAAGGCCAAAGACGCUACCGCUGCCGAAACCAAGAAGCCUUAAAUAUCCUUAUGGAACAGUCGGGCUAACGGCAGAUAAACUGUAGAACGUAUGGUCUGAGGGAUGAAACGGAACGAAUCAAUAGAACAGACACAGGCUAUCACAGAUAUUUACGUAGGCGAUCGUUGCUUCGUCGUUGGAGUGCCGUGGUGCAAGCGGUACAAGCCUUAGUAUAUAAUCACCGCCAGAAUCGAACCGCCGGCCAUUGAUUUUUAUAGGUAUUUCGGCGUUCCUGAUGUGCUAAUGCUUUAUGUAUAAACCUUCGGGCAUCACUAGAGUGCCUACAGCGAAAUGCUAUUGCGGCGAGGAUGAUAUUACGGGGUUUAAAGUACGAUUUUCCUCGAAGGAGUGCGGAUCGCGUUCGGCCGGUCCUACUGUAUAUAUAAAUAGGGUGAAAGAACUAGAAAAAAAAUGAGGACGGCGUUUUACACGCUGAACGAAGAAGACGCCGCUGAAAUUGAAGGAAAGGGAAAAUAGCAAAUAAACAAAAAAGCAAAAAAACACGUGGUUAGUAAAAGACACGAUAAUUUGUAUUUAUUAUUUGCAGUUAACGAAUAAAAUAGACAGGCUAAUAAAAAUGCUAUUGCCAGGAGCUUCGUUUUGGCAAGUGCGAGAAA